UUUCUCUGAAAACAAGCAAAUGGUACUUUUUGGAAUGGGACUUCAUUACUAGCUAAGCAGAGAACUGUUAUGGACGUUUUACACAUGGAUAAAAGAAAUAGCAGGAAAAUCUUUUUGGGUGGCUACAUAAAAUCCGACAGGAUGUUUCAGCAGUCUUAACAUGGCAAAGGUGUUCACCGUAGCGUAGUAGUUCAAACUGAAACUGCCAUGGGAAGACCAGGGUCCUUACCAUCAUACAGUAGGUGUUACUCCAAAUGGUUGGUCAACUUAAGUGUGUUUGGAUACCGUCGGAAAAAAAUAAACAGCUUAAAGUGUGCACAAUUGUUAUGAUGGUAAUUGUUAUGGACGUUUUACACAUGGAUAGAAGAAAUAGCAGGAUAACCUUUGGGGUGGCUACAUAAAAUCCGACAGGAUGUUUCAGCAGUCUUAACAUGGCAAAGGUGUUCACCGUAGUGUAGUAAUUCAAACUGCCAUGGGAAGCCCAGGGUCUUUAGUCCUUACCAUCAUACAGUUGGUGUUACUCCAAAUGGUUGGUUAACUUAAGCGUGUUUGGAUACUGUCGAAAAAGAUAAACAGCUUAAAGUGUGGACAAUAAAGAUUCUAUGCAAAGGAUGAGUGAGGGCUUCUGGUUGCAUGGUCUUGCUAAUACUAAGCCCUGUAUGUUUGAAUCUGCAGAUUCUAGCGAAGUGAAGGAUGUUGUACACGGUCAUAUGCAGACUCGGAAGAAUGAUGUCCCACAAGAGAUCAAUGGGGUGCCAAUAGAAAUUUUGGAUUUCAUUCCUGACUUAUUUGAUGACACUGAAGGAAUGGAGGAAGCAACAAUAGAUUCUCGUAAUCCAGAAGAUAAGGAGACGACUUACUCAGUAAAAGUUACUACCAAAGAAAAGGAGGAAGCUCAGAGCAGUGAUAUUGUUCAUGAUGAGGCCGGACAUAUGAACUCUCUUGUGUCGAUUGAGGACUGCCUGGAACUGUUUGCGCGUCGAGUGAAGGAACGUUGUGAGAACUGUUCCAAGGUUGCUGAACAGAUCAUGGCAAGCACCAAUAUAAAUACGACUGUUGAUGGAGAUCAGACUGAGCUGUCAGACAGGAAAACAUGCCCAAGUGAGCGAUCUAGUGACUGUAAUAGCUUGUCCGUAGAAUCUCCAAGUAGGCAACCAUAUCGUUCAGAUGUACAUCAUCAAGUUAUACUCUCUGGAAACAUAACUACUGAAGCAAUUACUUCAGGGACGAGCUGUGGUGAAAAGGACUCCGCCUCUUGCAGCACAGCCAGUGAAAAAGCUGAAAUUGAUCAAGGUGUACAAGAAGCUGGGCUUCCAGCUGAUAAACAGACUGACCUGCUCAGUGCCCAGGAUAGUCCGGAUACCAGCACUCAAAAUCAGGGUUGUGCGAAGCAGGCAAUGCUGGAUGAUCAUAUUGCCCAACAAAUGGAGGAAAACCAAAAUGAGCAGAAAGAUGUCAACAGUUGUGCAAUUCAAACACAGUUGAUUAACAAGCUACCAGCUGUAUUAAUCAUUCCAUUCAAGAGAUACAGCAAUGAUCUUUCUAAACUGAGAGUGCAUGUGAGCUUUAAGGAGAUUCUUCAUCUUGGACCAUUCAUGGACCCCAGUUCUGAGGACAAAGAUAACUGCAGCUACCGUCUAGUUGGUGUCAUUGAGCACGAAGGGCAUCAAAUAAAUAGAGGGCACUACAUUGCUUAUGUGCGGGGGGCGGGUCACAACCAUCAGAGCAGUGGUUCUUCCUCGUGGGUUCGUGCAAGCGAUCUCGACAUCAAGGAAGUCUCCCUAGAAAAAGUUCUCAGCCGCGAGGCUUCCAUGCUUUUCUACGAGAGGAUGAACUGAUGCAUGUCCGGCAUUCUACCCAACUAAGCAAUUAGAAAGGCGCUGACAAAAGAAGCAGAAAGGUGAGAUUAGCAAGCAUUGUUUAGAUGGCCAAGUGUACCGUGCUGCUUACAUAGAGUCUGUCUUCAAGUCCAAUUUUGUUGAUUUUGGCGGGCUGGGUCAUUGCAGUUGCAGGAUUUUGCAUUGGUUGCAACUUGUAGCGUGGUCAGCUGGAGAGAACCAUUUUUCUCUGUCCAUGAAAGUAUAGUCAUUCUUGUCGGAACGACAUGGGAUAGGUUCGACAGUGAAUAUUUUUUGUUAGAAACGAGAUUGAAUACACGUAGGAAGACACUGGAUAUUUUUUGCAUUCUGCAAUUAAAUACACGUCUGAAAAUAAGCAAGUAGGGUUCUGAACUUGUUUUUUCUGUAUCGGGAGCAUGCUCUGAGAACUUGCUGCCUUUUACUGAA